AUGGGUGGUCUGGUGGCGUACGCCAGCAGUGACGAAGAUGACGAGGUCGAAGAUGUAAAGACUGAGAUUGCCGAGAAACCCCUAUCUUCCAAAGAUAACACAGGCUCAAAUAAUGUCAAGCCACCAUCAACAUCAACUACUGCUGCUGCUGCUCCUACCGCAGCCGCACCUCAACCACCAACAGAGCCUCAACCAUCAACUGAAGCCAUAACAAUAGGCCCAGUUCAACAACACUCCGUUCCUUUAGGCCCAUCCCUUCCCCCAAUGGACACCCAAUUCCCAGAUCUCCCCUCAGGAGGAGACCAAUCCCAACCCCCAGCCUCGCCAUACACUGCCUCCCGCGCCCUCCUCCGCGACCUCACCCUGCCCCCCGUCCCCAACUUCGACAUACCCCCCUCGCCGCCGGGCUCUCCGCCCCCGGCCCUCAGCGCCAAGUUCACCCAGUUUCUCGACCUCAAGAAGAAGGGCGUCCACUUCAACGCGAAACUCGCCCAGUCCGCCGCCCUCCGCAACCCGAGCCUGACGGACAAGCUCAUGUCCUUCGUCGACCUCGACGGCCGCGCGGGCUACGCCACCACGUUACCGCCCGCGCUCGGCUGGGACCCGACGUCGGAGGAUCUCCUGCCGGAGUGGGCGAGCAGGACGGCGCUGCGGCAGAGCCAGGAUAAAGUACGCGGCGCGGGGGCGAGGAAGGGAGGCGGGCCCGUCGAGUUCGUGCCGGCUGCCGCAGCGGGUGCCGAGUCUGCUGCUUCGCCUGCGGCUGGGAUCGAGCAAGGGGUCCUCGUCUCGCGUGGAGGGAAGAGGAAGGCGGGUGCGCUGUGA